CUACGAUCACUGCGUCCUUCCUUCAUCCUCAUCACCUCAACGCCGCCACCAGCAAUUUUGAUCCGGCCGGCGCGAGGAAGCUCUCAUCCCUGACAUGACGCCUUCCUUUCUCGAUGCUCGCAGCCUCCCUCCCCGAUUUGCCGCCCUCAUCCUUGCUCGUCUCCCACUGGAGAUUUCAAGCUAGGUUAGAUGCAUCAACACCCCAAAGCCACCGAACAGCGAGGCGGCAAGCGUAAGACUGUCGAGAAACGGAAACUUCCGGACGAGCAACAACCACAGAAUCAGCAUCAGCACCAGCACCGGCAGAGAAAGAUUUCGGAACUCUUAUCGAGCAGCCCCUCGCAUCACAGAGACCAUCAAUACCCUUCAUCGCCCAAACGCUUUCGAGCGUCAUCCCCCACUUCCGUACAGACCGACGAUACGCCUAUUUCGCCCACGAAAAUGUACAGCUUUUCGAAGUCGGACUCGAAGGUCAAUAAUGUCCUGGGGCAGAAAGCUCCGGCUACUGCCCAAAGACCAAACACCUUCACACCCCACACUGGCGCCAAGAGGCUCGUUGUUAAAAACCUCCGAUCGGGACCGCGAUUGAACCAGGAUACAUAUUUCGAUAAGAUCUGGGGCCAGCUGGCAGUUGCCCUGGAUGCGGUUUUUGAUGGAGGGAAGCCCGCUGCGUCGCUCGAGGAGCUAUACAAAGGCGCAGAAAACGUUUGUAGACAAGGCCGAGCAGCGGUCUUGGCCAAGAAAUUGCAGGAUAAGUGCAAGACAUAUAUAUGCGAUAACCUACAGCAGAGCUUGUUAACAAAAGCAAAAACAAGUUCAGAUGUGGAUACCUUGCAAGCUGUCGUCGAUGCAUGGGCAACGUGGAAUUCUAAGCUGGUUACGAUUAGAUGGAUAUUCUAUUACCUCGACCAGUCGUUUCUUCUACAUUCAAAAGAAUACCCCGUCAUCAAUGAGAUGGGAUUGAUCCACUUUCAGUCGCUUAUUUUUCUAGACGCAGAAUUGAAAGAAAAGAUCCUCCGAGGAUCUUGUAAUCUCAUCGCGGGAGACCGCACAAGCGAAGGGCUGAAACAGCAAGCUGAGUCUGAUCUUCUAAGAAAGUCGAUUGCGUUAUUUCAUGAUCUCGGAGUGUAUUCGCGCCACUUUGAACCUCUUUUCCUCCAAGAAUCCGAAUCUUAUUUCAAAUCAUGGUCUGAAAAAGAGGCAAGCAGUCAGUAUCUUGCCAAUUACGCAGAGAACAGCCAUCGCCUUAUACAGCAGGAGCUGACGAGGUGUGAACUUUAUGCUCUGACUCAGAGUACACAACAGAGCUUGACUGUACUUUUGGAUGACCAUUUAGUACGAGAUAAGCAGGCUAUAUUACUGGCUGAGUCGGAUUUAUUAGGUCUGAUGACUACUGAAAACAAACACGCUUUGGAACAAAUAUAUUCUCUGUUAGAACGCCUUAGGCUUGGCUCGCAACUAAAGACUUGUUUCGGCAAAUACAUUGAGGAGCAAGGCUCAACGAUCAUCUUCGAUCCUGAGCGGGAAAGCGAAAUGGUAGCUCGCUUGCUGGAGUUCAAGGAGCAGCUUGACCAUACAUGGGCCGGAUCUUUCCACAAAGACGAAGCACUAGGUCAUACUCUUCGCGAAGCUUUCGAAAGCUUCAUGAAUAAGAGCAAGAAGACCGAGUCCAACUGGGGAACAGACAAUUCCAAGACCGGUGAAAUGAUUGCCAAAUAUGUGGAUAUACUUCUCAAAGGCGGCCUCAAGGUAAUCGGAAAGCAAGCAGAUGAUUCCGGUCUAGCGGAUGAAGAUACAGAAAUCAACAGACAACUCGACAAGGUAUUAGAAUUGUUUCGAUUUGUUCACGGGAAAGCAGUGUUUGAAGCAUUUUACAAGAACGACCUUGCGCGUCGACUGCUCAUGGGCCGAAGUGCGAGUGAUGAUGCAGAAAAGAGCAUGUUGGCUAGGCUGAAGACUGAAUGCGGUUCCAACUUCACUCAUAAUCUCGAGGCGAUGUUCAGAGACAUGGACUUGGCGCGUGACGAGAUGACAUCGUACAACUCAUAUCAAAGCCAGCGUCGACACCGACUAGGCCUCGACCUCAACGUGAGUGUUUUAUCAUCAGCAGCAUGGCCAACUUAUCCGGAUGUGACGGUCCGCAUCCCUCCCGACAUUGCAAAGGCAACAUCAGACUUUGAGCAAUAUUACCAUACCAAACACAAGGGCCGCAAAUUGCACUGGAAACACCAACUAGCACACUGCCAGCUGCGAUCACGAUUCGACAAGGGAAAUAAAGAGAUUGUCGUCAGCUCCUUCCAGGCAAUUGUGCUGCUACUAUUCAACGAUGUAGCAGAGGGCGAAACCCUUACUUAUGUACAGAUCAAGGAAGCCUGUGGACUUUCGGAUCGCGAGUUGACGAGAACGUUACAAUCACUAGCAUGCGCCAAGUACCGAGUCCUCCUCAAGAAACCCAAGGGCAAGGACGUUAACGAAACGGACGUAUUCUCCUUUAAUGCGGGGUUCCAGGACCAGAAGAUGCGAAUCAAAAUCAACCAGGUGCAGCUCAAGGAGACGAAGGAAGAGAACAAGACGACGCACGAGCGCGUGGCGGCCGAUCGACACUAUGAGACACAAGCGGCGAUUGUCCGCAUCAUGAAGAGCCGCAAGCUGAUCACACACGCGGAGCUCGUGGCGGAAGUGAUCAAGGCGACGCGCAGCCGUGGUGUUCUAGAACCGGCGGAGAUCAAGAAGAACAUUGAAAAGCUUAUUGAGAAGGACUAUAUGGAGCGUGAGGAGGGGAACAAAUACAGCUAUCUCGCCUAGAGUACAGGUUUCGUAGUCUUACAUAGAAAUAUUCACUAAUUGUCCUUUUAUCUCGCCGUA